AUGGAGGAUAUUCAUCAUAAGCUUCCUUCAAAACUUGAUGAAUUCAUUCAAAGUCAGAAAAACCAACCAGUUGAAGAUAGAAAAUUUCCAGACGGUCGUAUCAAACUGAAUCCAUUUGAAAGAAGUGCAUUGUUUUUGAUAUCUGGUGUUAGUGCCUUUUUACAUCCAGAAGUUGGUCGCAAUAUCAACAACUUUGGCGAAGUUUCCUCGUUUGAGUUCAUUCUGAGAGAUCUAAGAGAUGCGAUGCUUUCCACUGAAUCUGGGAGAAAGAUCUUGAAGGAAAGACCAUUGAUGAAUUCCUCAACCCUAGAUCCAAAAUGGUUGGAGACUUUACCUGAAAAUACUUUAGGAUAUCAAUAUUUCAAAUUCACACAAGAUGGUGAUGAAAGAGCACCAGUUAAAUUGAUCCAAGAUGAAGAAUUGGCCUAUGUCUUUUUAAGAUAUAGACAAAUUCAUGAUAUUGUACACAUACUGACCAAAUCCAAGAUCGAUCUAGCUGGUGAAUUACCAGUCAAGGCAUUUGAAUUUGGUAAUACAGGUUUACCAAUGACAGGAUUAGCAUGUUUCGCUUAUUUCAAAUUGAGUCCAAAGAGAAAAUCCAAGACUCAUAUGGUUGAUAGCUUUUUGAAUGGGUUGCAAGCUACACCAUUUAUUACUGUUCGUUGGGAAGAUUGGAUGGAGAAAGAUGUUGAUUGGAUCAGAAAGGAGUUGAAAGUUUUACCUUGA